AACUCUUGUUUUCUUGUUCUACGUUGGCAAUGUUUUCUACCAGUUCAUUGGCUUUUGGCCUCGUUUGGGUCACUCUGACACGACACGUUGCGGCUGGAGGCUCAAAUCCAAACCUUCCAUGGGGACACCCAUAUGGAGGUUAUCCCAACGGCUAUUCAGACAACUCCAAGUCUUCAUCUACCUGGCAGGACUCAAAGUCUUCGACCCCAUCCUCCAGCGCGAUUGCUGCUUCCUCCGUCAACUCAAUCGACUCUGAUUUUUCUACUUGGCAAAGCACAUCAGCAUCAUCCUGGUCCACUGCAGUAACCGUUGCUACUACCAGCUCUUCUAUCGAGUCUUCAUCUACAUGCACCACUAUCAUUUCUUCGGCACCUUAUGCCUCAGCAAACUCAAGUAGCACCCAUCACUCCGCAUCUCCCUCAAAGACAGGGUCCGCACUCACCAGCCAUGCUUCAUCAACAACCGGCAACACCGUAACCUACGAUUGGAACAUUGAAUGGGUGGUUGCCGCACCGGACGGAAUUGCUCGUCCUGUCAUUGGCGUCAACGGUCAAUGGCCUUGUCCUUCUAUUGACGUGAUGCAAGGAGACCGCGUGGUCAUCAACGUCUACAACGGUCUCGGUAACCAGAGUACAGCACUCCACUGGCAUGGAAUCCACCAACGAGGUACGAACCAUAUGGAUGGCGCUACUGGCACGACUCAAUGCCCAAUUGCCCCCGGUCAGAGCUUCCAAUACGAGUGGAUUGCCGACCAAGCAGGGACAUACUGGUGGCACUCACAUAACAUGGGGCAGUAUCCUGAUGGACUUUGGGGCCCUCUCAUCGUACGAGAUCCUAACCCGCCCUUCGAAUACGAUGAAGAACUCAUUAUUACCCUUUCGGAUUGGUACAACGACCAAAUGCCCUAUCUCAUUCACCAAUACCAAUCCGCAGAGGGGUCAGCAGAAGAUGGUACUCCCGACCCGUCGGGCGGAGCUUUGAUCAAUUCCGGAAAGAACGUCUCAAUCCAUAUCAAGCCUAGCACAACAUACUUGGUCCGAAUUAUCUGCCCUGCUGCUUUCACUGGCCACGGCUGGGUCUUUGAUGGGCACAAUCAAACGACAGUUGAGGUAGACGGAGUGUAUACGGUACCUGUAGUGGCCACAGCCGGGGGCAAGAAUGUCCGUGUUGCUCCCGGACAGAGGCAAUCAUUCCUCAUGAGAACGAAAGAUGAUACAAGCAAGAACUAUGCGAUUCUUGACUUCCAGGAUCCAAACAUGCUGUUCAUCAACAAAGGCCUCACACCGGACCCAGUCUAUCCUCUCAACGCUACCGCCUGGCUGGUGUACAAUACAAGCGCGGAUUAUCCAGCACCACCCGUUCUCUACAAUCUGGGAAACGACGACUUCUUCGACGAUCUCAACUAUGUUCCGCUGGACAGGGAACCCCUUCUCGAACCUGUCGACCGACAGUUGGUCAUCGACAUGUCUAUGGAAAAUAUCACUGGUAUCUCAAGAUAUAUCCUGAACGGCCACACAUAUCUCGGUGCCAAAGUGCCUACUUUGUACUCAUCGCUGACUGUAGAUGAGACUGACGUUUCAGACCCGACGGUCUACGGCAAUGUCAAUCCAUAUGUUCUCAAGUAUGGUGAGGUGGUGGAAGUUGUCAUGAAUAACUUGCACACGAACCUGCACCCAAUGCAUAUCCACGGCCAUCAGUUCCAGAUCAUUGAGAGAUCGGAUCCAAAGGGUGGUUCAUGGAGUGGGUCAUACUCUAACUUGCCAGCUACCCCUAUCAGAAGAGAUACAGUCAUGGUUCAAAAUGAAGGCUAUGCAGUCGUGAGAUUCAGAGCCGACAACCCAGGUAUAUGGUUGUUCCACUGCCACAUCGAGCUCCAUGUCGAGGCGGGAUUCUCAGCUGCUUUCAUCGAGGCUCCAGAGAUGCUCGCUGCCAGCGACUUUACUCUUCCAGAAGACCACAUCAAUGCCUGUAAAACAUAUCCCAUGGAUUAUGUAGGCAAUGCUGCUGGCAAUGACUACAACGCUUUAAACUUGACCGGUGCUCCCGACACGGUGCCAAAAGAUUCUUGGGGUGCCAUCUACCCGCCUGUUGGAGAAGCGGCACACAGUUAG